UCUAAAAGAAAGUUAAAAUAGUCUAGCAAGCACAUUCGUGGUGUUAUAACUACUAGAGCCAGUAUAAAAAAACGUCAGCCCGUAAAAAUGCAGAAAUUUGCAUUGCCUUUAUUGGUACUCUUCAUUAUGGGGGCAUUGGUGUUGGCACAAAGUGCCAAAAUAGAGGGUCGCAUAAUCUCUGGCCAAAAUGCUUAUCUUGGACAAUUCCCCUGGCAAGUCAUCAUUAAACUGGAUGAAUAUGAUGAUCUCUUAUGCGGAGGCUCCAUUAUUUCCGAUUCCUGGGUUUUGACUGCAGCCCAUUGCUGUUACGGCUAUGAUUCGUUGAUUGUAAGAUUUGGCACCAUAGAUCUAUAUGAUGAUACUGCCCUUAACAUGACAGUCACCAAAAUCGAAAUCCAUCCCGGCUAUAAUGAUACCAAUUAUAACAAUGAUGUCUGUUUGCUGCAAUUACCCGAAUCUUUGACAUUUAGUAGCACCAUUGCGCCCAUAACUCUGGUACCUUCUUCAAUGGUCUCGGAUGAUUUUGUGGGAACUGUUGCCACAAUUGCUGGAUUUGGCAUUACGAGCGAUGAAUACAUGGAGCCUUCGCCCAAUCUGCUGUGGGCCCAAGUUGAGAUUAUCACCAAUGAAGAGUGCAGUGAUGUUUUCGAAUCAGGCCUGGUCAUUGAUUCCACCAUGUGCGGCAAGGGUUAUGGUGUAGCCAAUAUGUCUAUUUGUAAUGGAGAUUCUGGUGGUCCAUUGAUCACCAAAGAUCCCAAUUUAAAUUGGAUACAAAUUGGUAUCAAUUCAUUUGUGGCUUUGGAUCAGUGUACCGAAGGUUUGCCGUCGGCCUUUGCUAGAUUGACUUCGUUUAUACCUUUUAUACAAAAUAUAACUGGAAUUUACUAAAUAAUCCAGAGAAAUUCCAAAUAAAUUUCUCUUAUUACAUGAAGAAAAAA